AUGGAUUUGCUGGAUGUGAUUGUUGGCCUUCCGAAAACGAAUGUCACGAAGGCACUGCACCAUACACCGCGUGCGCUGUCUCAGGAGGAGAAGCGGCGGCGUCUUCUCCAGCAGCAGCAAGGCCAUAACCACGAGCAACACAUGCUGAAGGAAAGGCAGUCCAAAAAUGCCGAAGCACGUCAACAGCAUAAGCAGGAGCAGGAGCAGCUUAGGCAUAAGCAGGAGCAGCAAAAGCAGGAGCUGCAGCAGGAGCGGCAGCAGAUCGUGAAGCAGCUAAUCACGGCAAACCGCAGUGCUCUCUUGGACCGUCAGGCUCAGAAAGAGGUUCGUGUUUUGACCAAGCGGCUGUUGAAGGUUGAGGAUCAUUUGCAGUUGCUGCAGGCGGGGAAGCCUAUUGCAUCCGACGUUGGCAGCAACAGCAGCAGCCCUGCAGCUGCGGGUUGCCUAGGCCAGGCGAGCAGUGCUGGCAACGGCAGCAGCAACAGCAGCAGCAGCAACGGCAGCAGCAGCAGCAGCAGCAGCAGCAGCACCGUUUCAAAGGAUGAAGUCCAUAGGAGCGUUCACGCAGCUCUGCAGCAGCAGCUGCAGAAGCGGCAGCAAGAGUUGUUGGAGCAGCGGCACCAGCUGGAGGAGGCUGUACAGCGUCUCAAGCGGCAGGGGAAGUUGUCUAAGGGAGCAGCAUCAGCAGCAGCAGGAGCCGCUGCUGCUGCUGCUGCUGCUGUCAGACUGCCCGUGGCGAACCGUGUGGGUUCUGGUGUGCCUUGGGAUGGAGGCAGCAGCGGCAUUCGUAAUUCCAGCAGCAGGAGCAGCUGGACGGUGCAGCGAGGCGUCAGCAGCAAGUCGAAGAAUACACCUCGAAUGCAUCCCUUCUUCAGCAGCAGCAGUCAUAGCAGCAGCAGCAGUAGGGGCGGCACUGGCACGGUGAUAGUGAAGAGGGAAGGCGGCAUGAAGGUUAUUCGACACAUCUGCAGCACGUUAGCGGACAGAAGCAAUCCAGAUGUUCGCUUGCUGCGCCAGCGUCCUCCAGACUUCGAGAGGGGGGAAGGGGGGGUGUCUUGCGAGGCUCUCAAGGCUGCAACAGCCGCUGCAGAAGCAGCAGCAGCAGCGGCAGCAGCGGCAAGCAUGUCAGCUUCAUCCAGAGCUGCUGGAAGUGCUGCUUUGCGAGCAAAAACGCUUCAAGAAGCUUCAAAAACGGAUGCAGAUAUCGAUAUAGUCAAAGGUGUACGGCCGUGGACGCCCACCACGCAAAAGAUUUCACAACAGCCUCGAUGUCUGACUCCUUCGCAGCAGCAGAAGGAGACGCCAGCGCGGAGUCUUCAAGAUGAACAGCACGAGCGCACGCAGCUGAACGAGGCGCGUUCAGCGACUGGAAUAUUCGCCUCAAAGGAGCGAGAGCAGCAGCAGCAGGAGCACGAACAGGAUCAGGAGCAAGAGCUGGAAGAGCAGCAGCAGAGAACUAAGGCACGUUCUAGCGGCCAGUCUAACGCACCAAGUAAGCGUAAGAAUUUGCUUCUUACCGUGGCGGGGAACAAGCAAGCCUUGCAGCGUCAGCGGCAGCGGCAGCUGAUGCUGCAGAAGCUGCUCAAGGAGAAGCAACAGCAAGAGCAGCUGUUGCAGACGCAGCCUCACGCCAAGGAAAGUGUGGUCUCCUUUCAACCGUCGCGCGUGCUGCAGCCACGGCAGCAGCGAGGGGUUGCCUACUCUGCGCAGCCGCUGCAGCAGGCAAGUCUGCCUUCUCAAAAGCUGCCUUCUCAAAAGCUGCCUUCUCAAAAGGGUUUGACUUUGCCUCCAAGUGCGCGUCUGUCGGUAAGCUUGCCAAAGGGAGCGCUGUCGAAGCAGCUGCUGAGGCAGCGGCAGCAAGUUCAGCAGCGUCUUGGGAUCGCACGCCUCCCCCCGCGUCAGGGUAGAGCAGAGGGGGAAGCCUCAGGAGAGAAUAGCUGCUGCUGCAGCGAGGAGGGGGAGUGGGGUGAAGAGGACGAUCCUGCAGAUUCUGACAUGGAUUCGUUCAUCGAUGAUGACGAGCUGGAGGGCGAAGACGCUGCAGGAGAGCGUGGCGAUGGCAAGACGCUUCAAGAGACUGACUGGCGUGCUGAAAUCAGGGCAGUCACGCGCUAUGAUCCCUCCGCAUACGCGCACUUGGACUGGGAAGAAUGUGUAGAAAGCAGCUUCCAGCAGCAGGCGGAGGAGGAGAGGCGAAGUAGGAUGCUUGCGGACGAAGAGGACAGACGCGAGCUGAUGCUUCUGCAGCAGCAGAAAAAGAGACGUCUCUGUAGCGCUUCUUAG